AGGCAGAGGACAGACCCUCAAUGAAUUGAGAGCAAAUGGUUACUGGAUUGUUGGUGGCAGUAAAGUUGUGGCAAAUUACAUUAAGCAAUGUGUUGCAUGCAGGCGAGAUCGCAGGUCAACAGAGAUGCAAAAGAUGGCGGAUCUACCGGCUAGCCGUGUUGAUUCCUCUCCACCAUUCUCUUAUUGUGGAAUGGAUUGUUUCGGACCAUUUCUCGUCAAGCAAGGUCGUAAAGAGCAUAAGAGAUAUGGUCUCAUAAUCACCUGUUUCUCCUCAAGAGCAAUUCACAUUGAGAUGUUGGAAGAUCUCACAACUGAUGCCUUCAUAAAUGCCUUGCGGUGUUUUAUAGCUAUCCGUGGAGCUGUAAGAGAAAUCAGAUCGGAUCAGGGGACAAAUUUUGUUGGGGCGAAAAAUGAGCUGACAAAGGCUUUGAAGGAAUUGGACAAGGACAGAAUGACUGCUUACCUUUCCCAAAAGCAAUGCGACUUCAUAAUGAACGUACCUGAUGCCAGUCACAUGGGAGGCGUGUGGGAAAGGCAGAUCAGAACAAUUAGGAGCGUUCUAAGCUGGGCUCUUUCGAAAAGCUCUGGAAGAUUGGAUGAUGCUUCCUUGAGAACUUUCUUUUAUGAAGCUAUGUCGAUCAUUAAUAGCCGCCCACUCACCACAGAUACAAUCAAUGAUCCCAAGGGGUUAGAACCACUUACCCCAAACCAUUUACUCACCAUGAAAUCCUCUGUUCCUCUGCCUCCACCAGGGAAAUUUGUGCAAGAAGACCUGUAUGGAAGAAAAAGGUGGCGCAGAGUUCAAUAUCUGACAGAGCAAUUUUGGAGUAGAUGGAGGAAGGAACAUCUGACAAACAUCACUCUCAGACAACGGUGGCAUACUCCAAGACGCAAUGUGAAGAUUGGGGAUAUCGUCAUCGUCAAAGAGGAAGGAGUUCCACGCAAUGAAUGGAGACUUGGAAGAGUGAUUGAUGUUUGCAAAGAUGAAGAUGGCCUGGUGCGGAAAACCACAAUACAAAUAGGAAAUAGAAAGUUAGGGAAGGAGGGUCAGCGACUUACAAAUCCAUCCAUCCUUGAACGUCCUAUUCACAAAUUAGUGGUACUUGUAGAAAACAAUUAAAUCUUAAGCAAUGGAACUAAUCUCUUUCUCCAACACAAGUUGAUAGUUUGAAGUAUUAAGAGUUUAAAUAUUAGUCUUGAUGCCAAGAGUCAGAGAACAUUCUAUAUGGUUCUGAAAUUUGUUUUGUGAAAUUACUAAAUUUAUUCAAACUUGUGUACAAGUUCAUUAUAAAUUAUGGUAAUUUGGUGGGAGUGUAACUGUCUAAGGACAAGUGUUUGUUGAGAUGUGUAUUUGUUUCUUUUUAUAAAUUGAUGUAAAUUUUGAGUUCAUUUAAAUACAAUUGUGAUAUUCAGAAGCGGAUAUUUAAAAUGUAUGUAAAAUGCCUUAGGCGUUUUAAAGUUAGGGGUUCUUUAAGGAGGAUUUACGUAGAAAACGUGAUGUCACAUGACCCGGUUCAGUUUGUAGCGGUUCUGCGUCACUUUGGGUCAGAACGAACAUGAAUGCAGAGAAAUGACAUGUGGUCUGAAAAGAGUUGCUUAAUCUGCAUGGUUUGAGAGGCGCACACGUUUUCACGGUGUCUAUGGUGUCAACUCAAGAGAGAGAGAGAGAGAUAUGUACGAAAUAAACGACAAAGACAUCUGUA